AAAACACCCACAAAACAAGAUCAGACGACCCAUUUUUUUUAUAAACACACAACUUCUCUCUUUUUAUAACCUAUUGUCUCAUUUCUUUCUUCAACUUUCUAGUCUUCCUCUAUCUUUUUUCAAUAUCUAGUUUGAAGAAAUGGAUCUGUCAAGUUCAAGUGAAUCACUUAUUGAUGAUCUUCUAGAAGAUUACUGGUUCUUUGAGAACUUAUUUAACAGGAGAUCGAGAGUCUUAAGGUAUUGUCACUCGGAUCCUUACCCUUCUUCUUCUUCUUCUUUGACUUCUCCUGAAAAAUCGGGAGAUUCAGAUGAGAGGAAGUCUCUAGAAGCUUCCACAGGGAGAUGUUUGAACAGGGAAGCUUUUAUAGAUGGAAGAGAAGGAGGAUCCGAGACGAAGCAGUUCUCUGAAAAUAUUAGGGUUCAAGAACAGACACCGGUUGUGUCUUUCUUGCAUAAGAAGGAACGUACUGUUCUUACCAAAUCUGGAUCUCGGUCGGCUCCGGGGAAGAUUCAAGAAGCUUCCACAGAGCGCAGUUUGAUUCGAGCACCUUCUUUGCCUCCUCGGAUAGAUAAAAGAGAAAUGGACUUAGAGGCAAAGAAGAUGAUCAAUAAGCUUACACGGCAGUUCUCUGAUAAGAUUAGGGUUCUAGAAACAACGGGUGACCGUUUCUUGAAUAAGAAGAACAUUGUGUUUCCAGAGAAAGGUAAUAGUGAGAGGAACAGGAGCGGAGGUGGUAAUAUUAGUAGUAGCAGUGUCAAGAUUAGUUUGCAAAGAACUCAAACGAUGCCUAACAACAUUAGAAGAGGAGAAGAUGAACUUGACGAUCAAGAAACCGGCUCAAGAAUGGGAUUCUUGAUUCGUGAAGCUCUCGCUAGCUCGCAAAAUGUUCAAAAGGUUUCAGGCAGACCACCAAGAAACUUGAGGUCAGAAGAACCUGUUUUGGUCAAACAAACAAGCCCAAGUCCCAAAACGCUGCGUAAAACUGUAAGUAGCAUAGAAACAAUCAAAGAGAUUCAAGGUUAUGAUGACCAACUGGUCGAGCCACGUGUUGUGAACGGGUUGGCUACACCACCUAGGGUUCCGAAGGAUUCAAGGAAAGAUAUGAAGGAUCAGAUCAAGUUUUGGGCUCGAGCUGUAGCUAGUAAUGUCAGACAAGAGUGCUGAAAACUCUUCUAAUUGCACUAAUUAACUGUGUGUUCUUGUAUGGCACUAUUCUGUACA